AUGACAGCACGGAACAUAUCCAGGUUUUGGGAGUGGGGGAGGAAGAUCAUUUGCGUUGGGAGAAACUAUGCAGACCAUGCCAAAGAGCUGAAAAACGCCAUCCCCACCGAGCCCAUCUUAUUCCUUAAGCCUCCUUCUGCCUAUGUAAGAGAGGGAUCUCCGAUUCUGAUGCCUCUGUACACCAGCGACCUGCACCACGAAGUGGAGUUAGGGGUGGUCAUCGGGACAGGCGGGACGGCCAUCCCACAGUCCUCCGCCAUGGAGCAUGUGGCCGGUUACGCGCUGUGCUUGGACAUGACGGCGCGCGACAUUCAGGACGAGUGCAAGUCCAAGGGUCUGCCCUGGACCAUGGCCAAAGCUUUCAACACGUCCUGCCCCGUCAGCGAGUUCAUCCCCAGAGAACGCAUUGCUGACCCAGGGAACGUCAAGCUGUGGCUGAAGGUGAACGACCGGCUCCGGCAGAGCGGGUGCACCUCCCAGAUGAUCUUCUCCAUCCCGUAUCUGAUCAGCUACAUCAGCGACUUCAUCAGCCUGGAGGAGGGGGACCUGAUUCUGACCGGGACCCCCAAAGGGGUCUCCGCCGUGCAGGAGCACGAUGAGCUGCAGGCGGGGAUCGAGGACGUGGUGACCAUGAGCUUCAGAGUGGACAGACAUAACCACUAG